AUGGCGGACGGCGGCGGAGGGGGGAAGCAGCUGAGCGACUUGCCGGAGGUGAUCCUCCACAGCAUCUUCACGGCGGUAGAGGAGACGAGGACGAGGAACGCGAUGGCGCUGGUGUGCCGGCGGUGGCUCGAGGUCGACCGCGCCACCCGAUCGUCGCUGGCGCUGCGCGGCAACGUGCGGGAUCUCUUACUCGUGCCCACCUGCUUUCAAUCGGUCACCCACCUCGACCUCUCCCUCCUCUCGCCUUGGGGCUCCUCCCUGCUCCCCGUCUACCACCAGCACGAGGACGAGGACGAUGAGCUCCGCCACUACGGGAACCAGCUGAUCGCCCACCGGCUCCGGCAGGCGUUCCCUGCGGUGACCUCCCUCACCGUAUAUGCCCGGAUCCCCGCGGUGGUCGCCGCCCUCGGCCCGCAGUGGCCGCGGCUACGCGAGGUGAAGCUCAUUCGCUGGCACCAGCGGCCCAAUUCCGAAGUCGGGACGGAGCUCGUCCCGCUCCUGCAGCACUGUAGCUCGCUUUUCUCGGUCGACCUCUCCAACUUCUACUGCUGGACUGAGGACCUGCCUCCGGCGCUGCGGGCCUGUCCCCGCGCCGCCGCCUCGCUGAUCCGCCUGGACCUGCUGGGGCUCUCCUCCGAUCAGGGGUUCAAUUCCCGGGAGCUCCUCGCCAUCUCCGCCGCCUGCCCCAACCUCCGCCAUCUCCGGGCCUCCUGCGUGUUCAACCCAAGGCUGAUCGGGUUCGUCGGGGAGGAGGCCCUGCUGGGGCUCGCCGCCAACUGCCCCCGCCUCUCGCUGCUCCACCUGGUGGACACCUCCGCGCUCUCCUCCUCGAGGGCCGGCGGUGAGGAGAACGGCGGCGUGCCGCCGGAGGACUCGAGGAUCUCCCACCGGGCGCUGGAGGAGUUGUUCGCCGGACUUCCCCUUCUGGAGGACCUCGCCCUGGAGGUCUACCCCGGCGUGUGCGACGCAGGGCCGGUGCUGGAGACUUUGAACAGCAGGUGCCCGAGAAUGGAAGCUCUGAGGCUGGGACAGUUCCAGGGGAUCUGCAGGGCGACGGGUCUGCACCUGGACGGCAUUGCCGUGUGCGGGAGGCUGAGAAGGCUCGCCGUGAAGAACGCCGGCGACCUCACGGACGCGGGUCUGGUGGCGAUCGGGAGGGGAUGCUCGAGGCUGGCGGAGCUGGAGAUCGAGGGGUGCCAGGAGGUCACCGAGGCGGGGAUCCGGAGGCUGGUGAGCAACCGCCGAGGGACACUCGUCGAGGUGAGGAUCGCUGGCUGCCGGCGCCUGACCGCCGCGCGGUCGCUCUGGUCGGUGGAGCCGAUCCGCGACCGGGUCGAGAGCCUCCACCUCGACUGCGUGUGGGACGCCGCCGCCCCGGGAUCGGAGACCUCGCCGGCAGAUCCUCCGCCGGAAGAAGAAGAACUCGAGGCCGAUCUCGAAUACCGAGUGAAGAAGAGACGGGGGGACUCCGCACCAGAGCUCGCCGGCCCGGAGGAGGAAGGAGGGGAGGGUGGGUUCUGGUGCAGGACGUGGAGCCGGCUCCGGAGGCUGUCACUGUGGGUGCCGGUGGGGGAGGUGCUGGACCCACUUGUGGAGGCGGGGUUGGAGAGCUGCCCGCAGCUGGAGGAGAUCUGCAUCAAGGUGGAAGGAGACUGCCGGAGGUGUGCGAAGCCGAACCAGGGGAGAUUCUUCGGGCUGGAUUCCCUCAGUAGGUACACGCGGCUGAGGAAGAUGAAGCUCGACUGCGGGGAGGCGCAGGGGUACGCGCUCACGGCGCCCAUGGGGCAGAUAGAUCUGAGCCUCUGGGAGCGGUUCUACCUGUGGAGGAUCGGCGAAUUAGAGGGGCUACAAGAGCUGGACUAUUGGCCGCCGCAGGACAAGGACAUGAACCAGCGGGGGGUGUCGCUGCCGGCGGCGGGCCAGCUGGCGCAGUGCACUGCCCUGAGGAAGCUGUUCAUCCAUGGCACGGCUCACGAGCACUUCAUGAACUUCCUCCUGAAGCUCCCCACCAUCAGGGACGUGCAGCUGAGGGAGGACUACUACCCGGCGCCGGAGGGGGACGCCAGCACGGAGAUGCGGGUCGACUCCACCAGCCGCUUCGAGGCCGCGCUCAACCGCCGCAUCAUCCCCGACUGA